AUGCCUAUGACUUGGAACGGAGACACCAACGCCAAGCUCUUCCUUGGCGUCUUGAGCCAACUCAAAAAUCUCAAGCUGAAGCUGGACUACAAAGAGCUGUCUGAAUACAUGGGACCCGGAGAAUGCUCCGUGCGUGCUGUCCAGCAGCAGAUCGACAAGCUUAGAAAGCAAGUAGAGGAACAGAAUGGUGCUGCCAAUGACGAUGCCGCUACCUCUCCCAAGCCUAGUACCCCCAGCAAGCGCAAGUCUGGAAAAGACAAUGGCACCCCCGGGGCUCCUUCUAAGAAGACCAAGGGAGGCCAAGAGAAAGGCACUGCUUAA